GCGACGAAGAGGAGGAAUACUGAUUCGUCUUAUCGAACCAUAUGGCGGAAUAAUUCCAAGACGAAAAACACUUUCUUUGUCAAGUUUUCCUAGGCUAUCUAGACCUUUUUGCUGAGCAGGAGCGGCAAAUUCUACUGCUCCGUGCUACCGCCGCAACUGUCUCCGCAGUGCACACUUGGGGAUAGAAGGAAAUUUCCGACUGGCUUCGGGGACUAAUUUCAAGCUACCAGGCAGGAUAAGAGAGAGAGAAGGAGAAAAUAUCAGCAAGCCCAACGACCUCUGUAAUAAGUCAUCACAUAUUCAUCCACCGGCUUACGCACGUACGUCUAUCUACAAACCUUCGCCCCUUACAAGGCCAGUCAGCCAACCAGCGGAUAAAGGAUAUACACGCAUCCACUCACCAAUUCACCAUCCAUCACCUCCAAACCAUCCCAAGCGACUAAAACCCCGCCCACAACGAUCCACAAAUGUCCUCAAACGUCGGCCUCUCCACCCCGCGCGGCAGCGGUACAUCCGGUUACGUCCAGCGCAACCUCUCCUUCCUCAAGCCGCGCGAUGCCGGCUACGGCGGCGCCCCUUACCCGCCCCCCUCAGCCACCGGUGCCAACACAGACCGCCAAUCCAACGGCUCCUUCAAGCAGCGCAAGCCGGACCAGCAGAUCCUAGAGCAUGAUCGGCGGCGGGCGAUCGAGGUGAAGAUUUUGGAGGAGCGGGAUCGGUUGGAGGAGGCGAAUGAGGGGGUGGGGGGGGGGGAUAAGUUGUCGGAAGAGGAGAUUGAGGAGAGGUUGGAUGGGAUACGGAAGAGGCUGGUGGGGGAGUUGGAGGAGGAGUUGAAGGGGGGUGGUCUUGGUGGUGGUGAUAGCAGGCGUGGACAGCUUGGUGCAAGGGAUGGUGAGAGGGUUAAGGGGGGAAGGAAACAGUUUAAGACAUACCAGGUGCAUGAGCUGGCGGAGGCGAAGAUUGAGGAGAGCGAGAGGUUGAGGAGGGCUUUGGGGAUUAGAGGGGAUGGGAAGCAGGGGGAUGAGUGGAGGUGGGGUGGCAAUGGUGGGAGGUGGCGGGAGAAGAAGGAGGUGGGGAGGGAGGUGGGGAGGGAGAGGGAAAGGGAAGGAGAAAGUGAUAGAGCUGGGCAUAGAGAUGGGCAUCGAGACCGGGAGCGGAGCCGGGACCGGGAUCGAGAUCGGGAUGGGUAUCAGAGUAGAUCUCGGCGAGACCGGUGAGAGGAAAGGCCGUGUACUUUAUAUGUUAUCUGGAUAUGAACUGUUGUGGAUUAUUUGGCGCAUUAAGGCGUUCUUGCGGGAAGGUCUGCUCUGCUUGUUUUGAAGCGUCAAUGGUUUGUUGAAGCCGAUAAGAGCGUUUGAAAAUUAAGCUAUGCAUCAACGACUGGCUUCAAAUUAUGUGGAUUCAUUUUUAUUUCAUGAAUAUAGCUCUGUACUAUGAAAUGUGCAACGGUCCUCUCAAUCAUCCGAGAUAAUCUCUCUAAAUGUACCCUCAGAAACGCCAAUUAUAUAGCCGAAGCCCAACUCAUGAAUAUAUAUACAGCGAUAGAUAAAAUAAUGCUACUUAAUAAACUUCUCAAUUACCCACCCAUGCUUCCUAUCCUUCCUCUGCACCACCUUCUUUGCU